UGGCCCAUGCUAAUGAGCAAGUUGCCUGCCAGAGAGGGGAACUUCAUUCCCCUCCGUGUCAGGAUCACAGAAAUUAUGCCCCUUCUCUCACCAUGAGUUGGCUCUCCAGUUCCCAGGGAGUUGUGCUAACUGCCUAUCACCCCAGCGGCAAGGACCAGGCCGUGGGGGGCAGCCAUGCAAAGCCCGGUGAGGAGCCCGCCUCCUCCUCGAGUUGCAGAUAUGGCCAGUACACCAUGAACCAGGAAAGCUCUACUAAAGUGACCGAGAAACCUCCAUUCGAUCGAUCAAGUUCCCAGGAUUCCUUGGAUGAACUAUCUAUGGAGGACUACUGGACGGAACUCGAAAAUAUCAAGAAAUCUAGUGAAAACAGACAAGACCAAGACAUAGUUGUUGUCAAAGAGCCUGAUGAGGGCGAAUUGGAAGAAGAGUGGCUCAAAGAGGCUGGCUUGUCCAAUCUGUUCGGAGAGUCCACUGAUGAUCCCCAGGAAAGCAUGGUGUUUCUGUCCACUCUGACUCGCACCCAGGCAGCAGCUGUUCAGAAGCGGGUAGAGACAGUCUCCCAGACACUGAGGAAGAAAAACAAACAGCACCACAUUCCUGACGUCAGAGACAUAUUUGCUCAACAGACAGCAUCAAAAGAAAAAGCUCCAGAUGGCACUGAAUUUCGGUCAGUUGGAACAAACGAAAACAAACACCAAGAAAAAGAUGACCAGGCUUCUUCACGACUCAUUGUUGGUGAUAAGGAGCUGAUCCUGCCUAUGCCUGAGGAGAUGCCUGCGUCUGUGACAGACAUCAACCUGGAGGUGUCAUUUGCUGAGCAAGCCGUCAGUCAAAAAGACAGCGCCAAGGAUAAGACGUGGAAGACGAAAGACAGCAAUGCCUCCUUACCUAGUUUCAGGUUGCCAAAGGAUAAAACAGGCACCACGAAGAUGGGUGACCUCGCACCUCAGGACAUGAAGAAAGUUUGUCGAUUAGCCUUGGUUGAGCUCACGGCCCUCUAUGAUGUACUGGGGGUUGAACUGAAACAACAGAAAGCUGUGAAAAUCAAAACAAGAGAUUCUGGGCUUUUUGGUGUUCCACUGCCCGUAUUGUUAGAACAAGAUCAGAGGAAAGUGCCAGGAACUCGAAUCCCCUUGAUUUUUCAAAAACUGAUUUCUCGAAUCGAAGAGGGAGGUUUGGAAACAGAGGGCCUCUUAAGGAUCCCCGGAGCUGCCACUAGAAUUAAGAAUCUUUGCCAAGAACUAGAAGCAAAGUUUUACGAAGGGACUUUUAAUUGGGAAAACGUCAAACAGCACGACGCGGCCAGCUUGCUGAAGCUCUUCGUGCGGGAGCUGCCCCAGCCGCUGCUUGGUGCAGAGCACCUCAGGGCCUUCCAGGCUGUCCAGAAUCUUCCAACCAAGAAGCAGCAGCUGCAGGCCCUGAACCUCCUGGUCGUCCUCCUGCCUGAUGCCAACAGAGACACUCUGAAGGCUCUGCUUGAAUUUCUCCAAAGAGUCAUAGAUAAUAAAGAGAAAAAUAAAAUGACAGUCAUGAAUGUAGCAAUGGUUAUGGCCCCAAAUCUCUUUAUGUGUCAUGCGCUGGGUUUGAAGUCCAGCGAACAGCGAGAAUUUGUAAUGGCAGCUGGGACAGCAAAUACCAUGCACUUAUUGAUUAAGUAUCAGAAACUUCUAUGGACAAUUCCCAAGUUUAUCAUUAACCAAGUGAGGAAGCAAAACGCUGAAAGUCAUAAAAAGGACAAAAAGGCUAUGAAGAAAUUGCUGAAGAAAAUGGCUUAUGACCGAGAGAAAUAUGAAAAGCAAGAUAAGAGUACAAAUGAUGCUGACGUUCCUCAGGGAGUGAUCCGAGUGCAAGCUCCUCAUCUCUCAAAAGUUUCCAUGGCAAUACAGCUAACUGAAGAACUAAGAGCCAGUGAUGUACUUGCCAGGUUUCUCAGCCAAGAAAGUGGGAUUGCCCAGACCCUAAAGAAAGGGGAAGUAUUUUUGUAUGAAAUUGGAGGAAAUAUUGGCGAACGCUGCCUGGAUGAGGACACCUACAUGCAGGACUUGUAUCAGCUCAACCCAAAUGCCGAGUGGGUCAUAAAGUCCAAGCCAUCGUAGAAGACGGCCACUCACAUGACUGCAAGGACUUCUGUAAUAAUUCUUGCUGGGUCAAGAGUGUAAAUAAAAGAAAUGUCAGGGCUCUUACCAUUCAACUGUACCCCGCUAUACGAAAGUGACACCUGAAGCCUUAACAGUGUACAGAUUUGUGCUGCUGCCAGAAUUAUGUUAAUUAUUCAUAUUAGAAGACAUUUCUGGAUAGGAAAGGGGCUUACUUAGCUUGGGGCUGUUUUCAUACAGGCCGUAAAAUAUGUCCAGAUGUGACAGUUGUUAUUUAAUGUGAAAAAAUAUUUUCUACUCACUCCAUUUUUUUCUCCUAAAAUCAUAGAUUGUGUAAUAUUUUCUUUCUUACCACUUCAGAUGUGUCUUUCCUCAACACGGUUUGCUUUUUAACCCAAAUAAGUUAACAUAUACAAGGUAUGUCAAGUUAUGAAGCCAGCAUGUAGUAAAAUAGACCCCAUUGUGCAGUAUUCUUGUCACUACAGAAUGUUAGUAUUCAUGCCUUACAGUCGUUCAUCCAAGUAACACCUUGCUCCUGUGUCAAUGUGACGAUUUGCAUUUUUUCAGUUCAUCUGACACAUUUGCACAGAGCUAUGUCCAAGAUCAGAAAACAAAUCAUCAGAAACUGCUAAUUAUCACUAAACCAUUAAAUACUUAAAUACUACGAAUAAAUAAAACACACCCAUGUGGAAUAAGUGAUAUACCAAUAACCAGGGAGUGAAAGCCAAAUUACUUCAUGUAUGAUGUACUCUUGCAAAGUUUAUUUAAACAGUCCUAGCUGGCUUUGCUGUUGUCCUAUCAGCAUUAUAAAUAUGCAUCAUAACACAAUCUGGUAAUGGCUAGGGAAUGUAUUUUAAACCAGGGUUUUAAAUUUUUUUUUCCUCCUAAAUAAGUCUACUGGUGGAGUUAAUCCGGGUAUAACAGUCACGUGAACAAGAUUUUGUGUACUUAUUUUAAGUAGACAGUACACUUAUUAAACUGUUGAAAGGACUAUUCAUAAGGGUUUUAAUGCAUAAAUCACAUUGUGACAAGAGGUCAGCCUCCAAAUUGUAAAUAAGAGAAACAUUAAAUAUUUUACGAGGUUAGAGUAUAGUAAAUAAAGGUGAUGUAAAUGAAUUCUGCGCCAACUGUGUUUGAUACUUUUAGUAUUUCGUUAGGAAAAAUUACAUACUCAGAAGCCCUGGAUGUCACUCUAAUUAGGAGUGAAAAUGCUGUUAAUGAGGACAGUCAUACAUUUGUAGCAUUUAAUUACAACAGUAGUCUGUGGAUAUGAUCACUUAAGUAACUUCCUGGUGAUUUGUGCCAUUGCUUUUUUAUUUAAAGACAUUUUAUAAUUAAAUACUUUUCUAAAUUUUUUGAAUUAUUUUAA